ACGUCAUCUCUAGGGCAACAAGGAAACAGUUCUGAUGAGUUGGUUUAUCUGCCGAAAUAGUGCGUUGUUAGGUCUUAAAGCGUCAGCUGGGAACAGAACCAUCCGAGGCGCAGCGAUGUCUCAGCAACAGCAGAAGAAGAAGAAGAAGAACACGGGCGUUCCUGAUCGGUGGCUGGACUACUGUCCCGUUGGAUCGAGGAUCCCAGGAACCAGGUUCAUUCCCUUCAAGGUUCCUUUAAAAGCCGCCCUGAACCGCCAACUUCCUGCCUCCCAGUCCUUUGAUCUGUGGGACCUGCUGGACUCGGUGCGACGGCAGAACCAGGAGCUCGGUCUGAUCAUCGACCUCACCUUUACGAGCAGGUACUACUCAGUGUCAGACAUCCCGCAGCACUGCGCCUACAUCAAGAUCCCCACCGAGGGUCACCGCGUUCCAAACAACGGAGUCAUCCUGAGCUUCAAGCGUGCGGUGAGGCACUUCCUGAGGGAGAACCCAGACGACAACAGGCUAAUCGGAGUCCACUGCACCCACGGGCUGAACCGCACCGGCUACUUGAUCUGCAGGUACCUGAUCGAUGUGGACGGGUUGGACGCCACGGCAGCUCUGGAGCUCUUCAACUCCAGCAGAGGUCACCGCAUCGAGAGGAAGAAUUACAUCCGAGACCUUCAGCACGCCGCCAAGAGGAGCAACAACGGCAUCGAUGAGCCGGAGAGAAACCCGAUCAUGGGGCUCGCCGUGGGGAAAUAACCAGCGAUGGUCAUAAAGCAUGAGGAGAAGUGCUGAGCCAUCAUAGAGCAUCAGAACAAAGUCCCAGAUACACCGAGGAUAAACUCAGGUGUGCAGCCAUUCUACAAAUUACUCAGUUGCUUUUUAUAAAUUAUUUUAUAUAAAUGUAUUGUUUACUUCACUUUUUCUCCAGCAGGAGGUUAUGUCAAAAAAGCGUAACAGACUAAAUUUGAAAAACGUAUUUUAAUACAAUAUACAAUGAAAUACAAUAACUUAAAUGUUAUUGUAUAGACUCACUAGAUCAUCAGAUUACUUUGUCAACCAUGUUUCCUGUAGGGAUUUUAAUGUCCAGCAGGUGUCAGUAUUCUGUGACACAGCAUCAAUACAGUAUCAAUAGUUUUGCUUUGGGUCAAAAUGCUUCAUUUACCCAUCACUAAUUCUAACUCGUUGUUAUACAAAAAAUCUGUUUUAAAAGAAAAAAAUAACUUUAUUUAAAAUUUUUACUUUUGUGGAUUGAAUUCUGAAUAAAGCUUGAUAUAUAAACACGUUUUCUCUAUUUUUAAUAAAAGUUUUAACUGGAUUUCUCAGAUUGAGGAAAGUUGAAAUUCAAUAAUCUCUGAGCCACUUCAACUGGUACAAAAGUUUUUAAUGUGAAACCAAAUUUCUGCAUUGAACAAUUAAUUAAACUUUAUUUUAUCUGAGACAUAACUGAUAAAAAAAAAAAAAGUAACUCAGUGUUUCAGUCACUAACGUGAUUUCUGGUUCUGAAAUGAACCAGAAAUGAACUAAUGGUAAAAAUAUGACUUUCUCACAAGAUUAAAGUCAGAUUUUUGGAAAAAGUCAGAAUUUCUCUGGAAUUUUUUGCCAGAAAAAAAAAGUACUUUUAAAAGUAGAAAAGCCAAAUAAACCAAAGAUAGGAGUUGAAAAUCCAGAAGUUAAAGAUAAACCAAGCUCCAGUCGAUAAGUGUGGAAUAAACUGGAUUAAAAUCUGGGAUUAGAGGUUUAGAGUUUCCUCUUCAUUUUCUUCAGAACUUUCUGACU